AUGUUCGCCCUGCAGAAGGAGAUGCAAAGGUUGAAUGAUAUCGUCUUGAAUCACCGAUUUCAUGAACUGCUCACGUUCCAAUAUCCAUGUUGUGUUUACGUGGAACGAACUGAGUUGAAUUCACCUGCCGGAGCGUGUACCAGCGGUUUCGAGAACUUUGAGAAGCUGUACACGAAAGGAGCAUCGGGAAGCCGGCCACAGCGAGAACGUGGAACAACAAUUUCCUCACCCUCCAGCCUACUUUGGUUGGGUAUCUGGCCUGAGAGCUGCCACACAGGCUUCACCUCAAAAUUCCCAAUGGAUUCAUUGGAAAGAGAUGUUUUGGACUUUCAGAACUCUGACAAUUCUACUGGUCGUUUCUAUAUCAUACGCAAUCAUUAG